AUGCCUCACUCGUACGGUUUGCGCGCCGGCACUCGGUAUGCCUUCAGCCGUAGCUUCAAGGAGCACGGUAUGAUCCGUCUGUCUACCUACAUGAAGACUUACCGGGUUGGUGAUAUCGUCGAUGUCAAGGUCAACGGUGCCGUCCAGAAGGGUAUGCCCCACAAGGUUUACCACGGUAAGACCGGUGUCGUCUACAAUGUCACCAAGUCCUCCGUCGGUGUCCUGCUCUACAAGAAGGUCAACAACCGUUACCUCGAGAAGCGCAUCAGCGUCCGCAUUGAGCACGUCCAGCACUCCCGCUCCCGCGAGGAGUUCAUCAACCGUGUCAAGGAGAACGCCCUCAAGAAGAAGGAGGCCAAGGAGAAGGGUAUCCACGUCCACCUGAAGCGCCAGGCCGUUACCCCCCGCACUAGCCACCUCGUCUCCCAGGAGGGCAACGCCCCCGAGACUGUUGUGCCCAUCGCCUACGACACCCACAUCUAA